UAAUAAUGUUUAAUGUAAGACAAUUGAUCCACAUUUUAUUUUGUUUUAUACCAAAGUGAUAAUAAGCAAUGGCUAAAAUUCUGUAUUUAAAUUCUCUUGUAAGAACUGACGGAAUGUGCAAUUUUCUAGUGAUUUUAACUUUCUUAAACAUUUUCAUAUCACCAGCUUUUUGCCAGACCUAUGACGACGCAAAGGCCGUGCAGGAGACUUUGCUGAACUUCUAUUCAAACAAUAACACACAGCUGACGAGUAUCAUACCGGUCGAGGACCAGUCUACCGCGUUGAGCGUUAUACUCACAAUGCACCUAUACUCAGUAGACGGGUUCAACGCAGUAACGGGACUGGUUGAGAUAUCCGGAAGUCUGUAUCUCGAAUGGAAGGACGAGACUAGGGCGGCUUCCAUUGGGAACUAUGUCUUUCCAUUCAGUCCAGAAGGUUACUCCGUUCGUCUGCCGCAGGAAUCGGUUUUUCGUCCAUCAAUCCGCUUAACAAAUGCUGUUGAUUCGGUCAAGCACAUUGGCGAUCCUGCAUACAAAAUACGUUACCAUGUAUACGACGGGAGAAUGAUGUGGCAGCCGAAAGUGAUCAUGAAAGCAGCUUGCAAACCGGUAUGUUGAAUAUUA